AUGAGCUUGCUGUUCGGCAUCACUUGCUGGUCCCUUUGGCGGACCAGGAACGAUCGCGUCUUUGCAGGCAAGGUCGUCUCAGCUGAAGUCUUUCUACAUCGCGUCCAUGCAUGGGUUAAUGUAGUGAAGAAUGCAAUGGACAUGGACAAGGCAGUUCACUAUCCGAGUCCACCUGCUAGAACGGAGGAGAUGAUCUCUUGGACGCCGCCUCCUCCCGAGUGGGUAACUCUCAACUCUGACGGCUCCGUUAUGACUGCAUCAGGCCACGCGGCUGCUGGUGGCCUGAUUAGAGAUCACACUGGGCGCUGCUACGCGGCGUUCGCUAUGAACCUCGGGAUUUGCUCUGUUACCCGAGCUGAGUUGAGAGGCGUUGUUGAGGGACUUCAGCUGGCCUGGGACCUGGGCUUCCGUCGGGUCAAAGUUCAAAUGGACUCGAAAUGUGCCUGUCAGAUCCUCCAGAGCCACCAUCGCGAGGACAACAGGCACUCAGCAGUUGUUGCUCGGUUCCAGGCGCUCAUUGGAAGAAACUGGGAGGUCGCCAUCUCCCAUGUCUACAGAGAAAGUAACAAGGGCUUUCCGAACCCCGUCUAG